AAUUAAUAAUCAUUUAUUUACAAAACAACGAAAAAGCACAGAGAAAGCAAAAAAGAAAAGCAAACAGACAAUUCAAUUUCAAUCAGAGAAAGAAAAAGAAAGCAAAGAAGGCAAAGAGACAAAGCGGAGGUCAUUUCUGCAUUUUCUGACUCAGGUGAGAGAGAGAGAAAAAGCGAAGCUUCCUUCUGACUCAAUCGGUGGAAUUUUCCAGUGUUUUCUCGCUGGUUAAAUGGAUUCUGAAGAUCUGGGCCUUGGGAUUGAUAGCUUCAACAACAAUCCUUGCUUCUGAACAUAUAGAGGACUAUAUAAAUGAAGAAGAUGGUUUCAAGUAACUUGAUAUCUUACUGAAAAGUAUAUAACUACACUACCUGUUCAGACUGAGUUGGAAACCAAGAUUUAUGUGAAGUUUUAUGAGCAUAUGACAGAAAUUCUAUUUUGUACAUGUCUUGAGUGGUGAUGCAUCCUUUGCUAAUGCACGGUUACCUUUGUUGGUGCAUUCUGUUGGGGUAUCUUUAUGUGUCUGCCCUUUCUCUUGGUUCAGUACAUUAUAGAGGUAGGGGAACCGGGUCAGAAGGCUGGUUGCGUGAUUUUGGUUCAGCUUUAAGUUAUGGUUCUAAAAGUAGCACCACUAAAGAUCUCAAAAGAUCAAUCUUUUCAUCCCCAUAUAAUGAUUUAGUAUCUUGUGAGGACCUAGAAGGUGUUGGGUCAUUUAAUACCACCUGCUUGCUAAACUCAAACUUAUAUUUGAAUUCUGAUCUUUACAUUUAUGGUACGGGAAACCUAGAGAUUCUCCCGCAUGUUUCAAUUGGGUGUCCUGUUGAAGGCUGUAUUAUAGUUUUUAACUUGUCUGGCAAUGUUAAUGUGGGUCAAUAUGCAACUAUUCGUGCUGGUUCUAUAGUAUUUUCUGCUGCCAAUUUGACCCUAGAGCAAAACUCCUCUAUAAAUACAACAUCAUUGGGUGGAUCACCGCCGCCUCAAACUAGUGGUACACCUGUUGGCUAUGAUGGUGCUGGUGGAGGGCAUGGUGGCCGAGGUGCAUCCUGCUUGAAAAAUAACUUGACGAGUUUUUGGGGUGGUGAUGUUUAUGCUUGGUCAUCUUUGUCUGAGCCCUGGAGUUAUGGGAGCAAGGGUGGCGGCACGUCUGCUGAAAACCCAUUUGGAGGGAAUGGUGGAGGACGUGUCAAGCUUCUUGUGAAAGAAAUUCUAUAUUUAAAUGGAUAUGUAACAGCAGAAGGUGGGGAUGGAGGACCAAAAGGUGGAGGAGGAUCUGGUGGAAGUAUCUUUAUACAUGCUGUAAAGCUGAAGGGAUAUGGUACGAUAAGUGCAGCAGGUGGGAGGGGAUGGGGUGGAGGUGGUGGCGGAAGAAUCUCUCUGGAUUGUUACAGCAUACAAGAAGAUGUAAAAGUUACUGUGCAUGGUGGUUGGAGUAUGGGCUGUCCUAGGAAUGCAGGAGCAGCUGGCACAUACUUCAAUGCAGAUUUACUGAGUUUAAGAGUGGGCAAUGACAAUGUCACAACAGAAACUGAAACUCCUUUGCUUGAUUUUCCUACUACAAUUAUAUGGUCACAUGUUUUUGUGGAGAAUAAUGCAAAAGUUUUAGUUCCUUUGCUUUGGACCAGAGUUCAGGUGAGGGGCCAAAUUAGUCUCUAUCGUGGAGGGACCAUUGUAUUUGGACUGUCUAAGUAUCCAGUCUCUGAAUUUGAGCUUGUUGCCGAGGAACUUUUGAUGAGCGAUUCCAUCAUAAAGGUUUUUGGUGCAUUUAGAGUUGCCGUCAAAAUGUUACUUAUGUGGAACUCCAAAAUUCAAAUUGAUGGCGGUGGAAAUACCAUUGUUACUGCUUCUGUCCUUGAAGUCAGGAAUCUGGUUGUUCUAAGGGAAUACUCUGUUAUUAGUUCAAAUGCGAACUUGGGUGUGUAUGGUCAAGGACUGCUAAAAUUGACUGGUCAUGGUGAUGCAAUCAAAGCGCAGCGACUUUCCCUAUCUCUUUUUUAUAACAUAACUGUUGGCCCUGGUUCUUUACUUCAGGCUCCAUUGGAUGAUAGUGCUGGUAGAAGCAUGGUAACAAAGUCUCUUUGUGAGAGUCAGACAUGCCCUGUGGAUUUGAUAACUCCACCAGAUGACUGCCAUGUCAAUUAUACACUCUCCUUUUCACUUCAAAUCUGUCGUGUUGAGGACCUUCUUGUGAAUGGACUUAUCAGAGGAAGUAUUAUUCACAUCCACAGGGCACGGACUGUCAUUAUUGAUACUGGUGGUGUGAUGACUGCUUCAGAAUUAGGUUGCAGUGGAGGUAUUGGAAAGGGAAACUAUUCAAAUGGAGCUGGCAGUGGUGCUGGACAUGGGGGCAGAGGGGGCUUUGGGUAUUUCAAUGGGAGGGUGAGCACUGGAGGUAACAAAUAUGGUGAUGCUGAUCUCCCCUGUGAAUUGGGAAGUGGAACUGAAGGCCCUAAUCAGUUGUACGGACAUGUGGUUGGAGGAGGAAUGAUUGUGAUGGGAUCCAUCCAGUGGCCGCUCUUAAGGCUUGAUAUUUAUGGAUCUUUGAGGGCUGAUGGUGAAAGCUUUCGUAGAAUGGCAGGAAAUGGAAAUGGUUCUUUGAUUGGUGGACUUGGUGGAGCUUCUGGUGGGACAGUCCUCCUUUUCCUUCAAGAGCUUAGGCUUUCAGAGAACUCGUCUUUAUCUGUUGUUGGGGGCAACGGUGGUCUUCUAGGCGGUGGUGGGGGUGGGGGUGGGAGAGUUCAUUUUCACUGGUGUAAGAUAGAUGUUGGGGAUGAAUAUACUCCAGUUGCAAGUAUAAAUGGCUCCAUAAAUAGUCGUGGAGGUGCUGGGGACAAUGGUGGUCUUUAUGGGGAGGAGGGCACAAUUACUGGAAAAAAAUGCCCUCAGGGCCUCUAUGGUACUUUCUGCGAGGAAUGCCCCAUUGGUACUUACAAAGAUGUUGAGGGCUCUGAUGAACAUCUUUGCACACCAUGUUCCCUUGAUCUUCUUCCCAACCGUGCUAAUUUCAUAUACGUGAGAGGAGGAGUAAGUCAGCCAUCGUGUCCCUAUAAAUGUAUAUCCGACAAGUAUAGGAUGCCAAAUUGCUAUACACCUCUUGAGGAGCUGAUGUAUACUUUUGGGGGCCCCUGCCCUUUUGCACUUCUGUUGUCAUGCAUUUUGGUGCUUCUAGCUCUGUUCUUAAAUGUUUUGAGAAUCAAAGUAGUUGGGUCAGGUUCUUAUCACAGGGAAAAUUCAAUUGAACACCACUGUCAUCACCCUUUUCCAUACCUUCUUUCUUUGUCAGAGGUGCGUGGAACCAGAGCAGAAGAAACUCAAAGCCAUGUUCACAGAAUGUACUUCAUGGGUCCCAACACGUUUAGAGAACCGUGGCAUCUUCCUUACUCUCCUCCCAAUGCAAUUAUUGAAGUAGUGUAUGAAGAUGCAUUUAACAGGUUUAUUGAUGAGAUUAACUCUGUUUCUGCAUAUGAUUGGUGGGAAGGGUCAGUUCACAGCAUACUUUCAGUUCUCGCAUAUCCUUGUGCCUGGUCCUGGAAGCAGUGGCGUCGAAGAAAAAAAAUUCAUCGCCUUCAGGAAUAUGUGAAGUCUGAAUAUGACCAUUCAUGUCUGCGCUCAUGUAGAUCCCGAGCCCUAUACAAAGGGAUGAAGGUUGGGGCAACACCAGACUUGAUGGUGGCAUACAUUGAUUUUUUCCUAGGAGGUGAUGAGAAGCGAUUGGACAUGGUAUCAAUUAUUCAGAAGAGAUUCCCUAUGUGUAUAAUUUUUGGUGGGGCUGGAAGCUAUAUGUCACCUUAUAAUCUUCACAGUGAUACAUUGUUGACCAAUCUUCUUGGCCAGCAUGUCCCAGCAACUGUUUGGACACGUUUGGUUGCUGGUUUGAAUGCUCAGUUGAGGACAGUGAGGCAUUGCUCCAUCCGUUCUGCACUUAUACCUGUUAUUGACUGGAUAAAUAGUCAUGCAAACCCUCAGCUUGAGUUCCAUGGGGUUAAAAUUGAGCUCGGAUGGUUUCAAGCAACAGCUUCCGGUUACUAUCAGCUGGGUAUUUUGGUAGCAUUUGGUGAUUAUUAUUUUCAAGAUAUGCUCCAAUCUGAUUUAUUGGACAGUAGUGAUGACUCUACAAGGAAAAAGGUUGUGUCUCCAAGAGAAAGUCUAAAGCAGAAAACUUGGGCUCAGACAAGUCAAGCAUUUUCUCUUAAAAGGAUAACUAGGGGAAUUAAUGGAGGACUCUUAAAUGAUGUUACAUUGAGAUCAUUAGAUUUUAAAAGGGAUUUUCUCUUUCCCCUUUCUCUCUUAUUGCACAAUACAAGACCUGUUGGUCGUCAGGACAGCCUGCAGCUGUUAAUCACUGUCAUGCUUUUGUCAGAUCUUUCUGUCACCCUCCUUAUGUUGCUUCAGUUCUAUUGGAUCUCUCUUGGGGCUUUCCUUGCUGUGUUGCUCAUUCUUCCCCUAUCGCUACUUUGUCCCUUUCCAGCUGGAUUAAAUGCCUUAUUCAGUAAAGAACCUAGAAGAGUUUCACUUGCACGUAUUUAUGCAUUGUGGAAUGCUACAUCUCUGUCGAAUAUUGCUGUGGCUUUCCUUUGUGGCAUUUUUCGUUAUGGAUUUUCCUCUCUCCAGCCACCUGACAAGUCAAGUGCAUCCACAACUAGAAGGGAGGAUGAUAAAUGGUGGCUUUUGCCUACCAUCCUUCUGCUAUUCAAGUCAAUACAAGCUCGUUUCGUCAACUGGCACAUUGCAAAUCUAGAAAUUGAAGAUUUUUCCCUCUUCUGUCCAGAUCCAGAUGCUUUUUGGGCUCACGAGCCAAGCUGAUGACAUAAAGUUAAAAAAGGCAUUGCAAUGUUACUAUAAAACUCAGCUUCAGCAAAUUUUCAGCUGCUUUGCCUUGUAAAUAUUUUCAAAGUUGUAUAAAGUCAUAUAGAGUAUAGGGUGCAGGUUUUCUCCAUUUAGAGAGAGGUAUGUCAAGGAGUAUAGAGGAUAGAUUUCAUAGUUCAAUUUUCACUGGGAAAUGCUCCAAUUUGAAUAUUAAUUCUAUUUAUAGAAAUGUAAUUUUUGUGGGCUA